GCUGCAAGGGCUGGCUCUUUAAAAGCCCUGCACCCGGGGCCGGCCCGGAGUAGCCCCGCCGAGAGCAGCAGGAGCCAGUCGGGGCGGAGACGAUGCCCUCGGAUCUGCUGACCCCCUUCGUGGAGCUGGACGAUCCUCUGUGCCAGGCCUUCCUGAGGCUGAACGUGGGGGAGGAGCCUGGCCCUGCGGCGAGAUGCCCGGUGGGAUACCAGCGUGCCUUUUCCGCCUGCUCGGCAGCACCGUCCGGCAGCGCUGAUCCCCUGGAGGAUGCUCUCGGCGCCUCGGAUACCCUCUGGUCUCUCCCUGGCCAGUGGGGCUGGGCCCCGGCGUUACCCCACACCAGCCUCCAGCGCAUCCCCUUCCAGGCGGAGCGCUCAACCAGCAUGAUUGAGGGCUGCCGGGAGGGGCCAGCGGCCGCCUCGUCUCGCUACAAGACGGAGCUGUGCCGCACCUACGAGGAGAGCGGGGUCUGCAAGUACGGGGCCAAGUGCCAGUUCGCCCACGGGGCCGGGGAGCUGCGGGGCCUGAGCCGGCACCCCAAGUACAAGACGGAGCUGUGCCGGACCUUCCACACGGCCGGCUUCUGCCCCUAUGGCUCCCGCUGCCACUUCAUCCACAACGCUGACGAGCAGCGCCAGCCCCCGCGCUUGGGGGGCCGCUCCCCCUCCUUCUCCCGCAGUGCCUCCCUGUCACCCUCGCCACCCACCCCUGACCCCUGCCACUGCCGCCGCCCUGCUGGGGAACCCCCCUGUUUGGCCUUCUCGGCCACCGCUGCUCUGGGCCAGGAUGGAGCAGGGGGGGCCCCGGCCGCCCCCGAUGCCUUUGUCUUCCCCGGGCAGCUGUUGCUGCAGAGGAGCCCUUCCUCCGACUCCCUCUCGGAUCAGGAGGACUCGGGAGGCAGCAGCGGCUCGGAGUCCCCGGGCCUGGGGCCCAGCGGGCACCGGCUCCCCAUUUUCAGUCGCCUGUCCGUCUCCGACUAGCAGGUGUGCAGCGACCCUCCAGCGUGGGCUCUGCCCCCCACCCUCUGCUGGGGCUAACGCUUAGGUCGCUGCCUCUCUGCCUAGAAGCUGGUGGGGAGCUACCGUAUCGGGUCAGAGCUGAAGGGAUUAAUCGGUUCCAGGGUUGAGUGUGUUGGGGCAAAAACCUCGGCCCUGCCCCCCUCUGGGACCAUGUGAUCAAUAGCCCAUGGGCCAAAUCAUCUCCUGCUGUAAAUCUGGGCUCAUUCCAUUCCACUCCCAUGGGAGUCCCACCCCUGUAUUGCAGAAGGGGAGAGGAGAACUAGGCCUUGGAAGGGGGGGUGCUUCUCUCCCCUCCCCUCCCCCUGCCACCUAUCACAUGCCUCAUACCAUUGCUUAUACCAGUGCAUAUUGCUGCUGGAUGGGACGGGGAUAGAGUCUUGUAACCAACUGUGCAAGGAAGAAAAACCUCUCCCCAGCUUUCACUGGUGAAUACAGUCAGCCAGGGCUAUUUUUGCUUGGUGGCGGGGGAGGCAGAGACCUCCUGACCUCCACAUCUCUGCAGCCUGGGUCUGUGGGUAGAUUCUGAGUCAGAUCUCCUGACCCAGAGGCCACUGCUGGAAACUCAGAUGCAUGGGACCUUGUGUCUUCCAAAACAAACAAAAAAAGGAAAGUGGUGUUUUUGUGGUUUUUUUUUUUUUUUUUGUUUAACACAAAUAGCCAAGUUGCUGUGAUAGGGGUUUUUUUGUGCGUGUGGGCCUGAUUCUGCUGCUCUGCAUCUCGUGUGGGUAUUUCCACCGGAGCCGGACGCUGCUGUGAGCUGCAGAGCUGGUGUGAACUGGUAACUCCUUCUGUAAGCUUUUGAGGAGCCUCUGGUGCCCCGGCUUUGGGACAGCGCAGGAGGGUGGAUGUGAAGUGGACGUGGUGCUGAAGCUGACAGGCCUCAUGUCUCUGAGUGGCCUAGGGCAGGGGAGGUGGGGGGCUGAAAAGAAACCGCUUUCUGUUUCUCAUUCCCUCAGGGGGGGCUGCUGGUGGUAGGAGAGUUGUAGUUUUAAACAGAUCGUGACCUGUACCUGAGAGCCCUUCUGAGUGUCCUGAACGAGCCGUGUGGCCUUGCUAGCCACCUGUUGCAGCUGGGGGGCUCUGAGUCUGCCCACUAGGUGCUACUUUCCCUCAGGCUCAAACACCCAAGUGCAAUUGAUUUCGGAGGGGUUGGUUGCCACCACGUGGGGCUUGAUGUGACUUAAACUUGCCAGUCAAACUCCGUACAGCCUGGCUGGGGCGGCAGGCUGGCUCGCAUCUUGCCAGCAGUGGGUGCUAGGUUCCAACAAGGAAGAGGGUGAUUGGAUCCUCCCCCCUACCCCUUGGUGUCCCGAUAAGUAAACUGGGAUGUGGUCCCCUCCUCUCGUCCCCCUUCCCCCCCCCGUGACAUCCCAGGUUGGGAGUCCAUGUCCUGAGUCUUCCAUUUGGCAAGUGAUUUCUCCUCCCAAAUUUGUCCUAACUUAGCUCGCCUGCCAGAUUUCCGCCCCCAGCCCCUCUAAUCGCCUCCCGAGUGGUCUGGAUCUUCGUGGUGAGGAGGUACAGAUGCCACUGCAUGUCAAGCUGGUGGAAUAUGACAGGAAAUUACCCAGUCUGGGGGGCUGUCUGGGAAGAGGCAGAGCACCGUCUACCCCAGGCCAGAUUUCUCCAGGUACCUCUGUUCCUGCCCACACUCCUAACACAAGGAAGGGACAGAUUCUUGCUCAUAAGUCAUCUGCUCUGAGCUAAGCUGUUCAAACAUCCAAACUCACGGGCAAAACCUGCCUGUUUGUUUGGGAGCCGAGACCUUCAGCAAAGCUGACCCAGAGCUUAUGGGCUGAAUUGCUUUAGGGCCAGAUUCUAAAAACCCAAAUGGGCUCCUGAAUUCUCCCCCUCUGCCCCCACACACAUCCCAACCCCCUCAUGUUUCAGAUCCAUCUGCCCCUCCUCGCUGGGCUGGGAAUGGGGCAGUGUUUAGACUAGGGUUUAAUGUCCCAGUCCUUUCCAAUAGGUAGGAUAGAACCUCACCGGCUCUGCAGCGUCUGCCUGCUGGCUGGCUAAUCUAGGUGUCUUUCCUUAUUUCAACCCCUUCAGUUAUUUUGAAGAAAGCCACUAAUCUUUCAAAGGUAGAAGGCUUCCUCUGCUAGGAUAGCGUCGCUGAGCUAGUAGCUAAGGCAAGGAGUUUUCAAAGAUGCCUUGGGGGUGGAUUUGACGAUCCCACUCCAGUGGGAAUAGUCUGUUUUCUACGCAACUGAUCAGACCUGGGCAUCGAAGCGCUGCUUUGUGUGAGGGGUAGAAAUUGACAGAAUUUCUCCGUGUGCGGAUGCUCUAUUGUGGAAUAAUUCAUGGGCUUCCAAAGCAGAGCAACCGUUCUGGAAUAAAAUUCAUUCUGAAAUGGAGCAGGGACACGAGUAAUUCUGCAGGAGUUAUUCCGGUCAAUAUCCACCCCAGACCAGCCCUUCGUCAAAUUUAGGUUUGAAAAACCCCAGUCUGUGUUUUUGUUUUAAAUUAUGUUUUAAACUAUUUAUUGUCUUUUUAAAAAAAUCUUAUUUCUGAUAUUUGGAACCAAAUCUUUGUAGAGGAGCAUAAACUUAUUUUAGUUUGUUUAUCCUGUGCGCUGGAACCUCAGGGCCAGCGCCUGCCUUAGUAUCUGACUGUAAUCUUGUUAAAUCUAACUUAUUGCGAAAUUGGUUUCCUGUUUAUUUAUAGUGGUUUCACUCUGCUUUUUUUUAUAGAUCUAUAAAAUUAAUAUAAUGGGUGAUUAUUUUUUUAUGGAUGGUAUCUAUUUCGUGACUGUAAUAAAACUGUCUCUUUUUGUGCA